AUGCCGCCUGAUCGACUACAGCAAUCAGGCGAUGCCUCUACUUCUAGAGACUAUUCAUCCUCUUCUCAUAGACAACGAAAGCUCAAUCGGACGCUACCUCAAUUGAAGAGGAAUGCAGCUUGCAUACCAUGUAGAAGACGUAGGAUCAAAUGUGAUGCUGCCAAACCUCAUUGUUCAAGUUGCCUGAGGAACUUUCGGUUUCUCUCAAGGACACAACCGGAUAAAGAGAGGGAUGAAGCUGGUGUUCAAUGUUAUUAUGAUGAAGGGGAUGAAGAAGAUUUCGGACCUAAUGGGAAGCAGAGGGAAGGGGAGGGGGAAGGGGAAGAUCCUAGAGAAGCUGUGAGACGAUUGGAAGCUAGAGUUGCCCAACUACAAAAUAGGUUAGCUUCCCUCACUUCUCCCAAUGAAAACCAAGAUAUCCCCACGGGUCGACUGGACAUGACUGAAGCUGUAUACGCUCCUUUACCUGGUGAUCCAGGAUUGAACGUUCAUCCUUGGUCAUCUUUCUCUCUUCCGUUACAAUAUACACCAGAUGUGAAACAAGAUUAUGCGUCAAAAGGAGAUUUUGGGAAUGGGCCAGUGAAGCAGAAGGCGACAGUCGGUCUUGUAUCAACCCCACAUACAAAGUCUUCCGUCCAUGUUACCUCGAUUGACGAUGGGGAGGAGGAAGAAGAACAGUUUGAUACGACUACAAGAGCGCCUGUCGAUGCGGACGCAGAUGCGGGUAGACUGGGUGGACCUUAUCUUGAUAUACUUUGGCCAGGUUGGCCUCCACAAUUGCCAACACCGACCAUGGUGGAUCAUAUGGUCAACACAUUCUUUUCUGUCGUUCCCUCUACUCCUCGAUUACUUCAUAGACAACGAUUUCAAGCCCGACUGACUCUUCCGCCUACCCACCCUGACUUCCCUCACCCAGCUCUUUUACACGCCAUCUGCGCUGUAGCUGCAAGAUAUACUGCCGCUGUUAAAGUUUGCUCAGUAGCGGAGAUGAUCGAGAGGGUCAAUAACGAAGGCAUGUCGGCGUUGGCAAGGGGACCAUCAUCUCAUGAGACGGUGCAGGAAAUUGCUAGGGAUCCAUGUUUCGGUGAAAGACAUUCAAAAUUUGCAUUUGCGGCUAUGGCCAAAGAUGCGCAUAAGCAAUCUGGAAGAAAAGUCAUGGAGAUUGUUCAAGCUCAGACACUAUUAAGUCUAUACUGUCAACAGAAUGCUAAAUGGGUGGACGGAUGGACAUUGUUUAGUGUAGUUGGUCGUGCGACCGUCCCAUUAGGUCUUCAACAUGAUCAUAUCGACGACUUUCAGGAAUCAAGAAUAAUCACCGCUGUACUUCCUCCUCCAACGGAAGAUUGGGAUCGAGAAGAACGUAGAGUUCUCAUGGCGAUUGCUUUCGCUCAUGAUACUUUGGCUUCAUGCUCUUCAGGUUGGCCUGCUCAAAUCUGUCUCGACGAAGUGACUACAAGAUUACCCGCCGCAGCGAAAGAUUUCGAUCGAGGAUAUGCUAUUCCGGAAAAUACUCAGACAUAUCGUUCUACCGACAUCUUCAGCAAUCAUCCAGUACAGGAUAGUUUUGUCAUGCACAUGAAAGGCAUGUUACUUUUGAACAAAGUCAGCACGUAUAUUCGUCGUGUCAAAUUACUUUCGAAUGAAGAGAGAGCCAUGCAGAGACAAUCCCCAGAGUUUAGAUGGUACGAAAAAGCUAUCAAUGAUUUUCACACGACAUUUCCUCAUCAACUUCGGGACCCACUAAGACACAGAGAAGGUAAACGCGUAGACGUGGACUCGUUCAGCGCACAGCUAGUCUGUAACAUUGCGAGCAUUCAUCUACAUGAUCUAUUCGCUAAUAUGGACGAUCCGCAAGAUGAAUCAGCUGUAAAAUUAUUGAUCGCAGCUCGGUCGUCACUUGGUCUUAUUUAUUUAAUCACGAGUAGUAGUACGGAAUUAUCUUUUUUCUUGAUUCCUAUGACUACUUAUUCACAACUGAUAUACAGGUUCAUGUACAUCGCCGCUAGAUCUCUGAUGCCAUUUUAUCAAAGAGCUUUGAAAUUUGGUGAUAUGGGAGUGGCUACGAUGUUGGCGGGUGAGAUUGAUGCUUUCAAAUCCGCUCUGAUAGCUUUCGGUACUCGAUUCGCAUUGGGUGCACGUCACGUAGGAAUGUUAGAACAAAUGCUCAUUCAUCUUCAUGCCGAUUGUCAACUUCCUUAUACACCAAGUUAUACUUCAUGGCCUUGGUUCCGUUCUAAAACAAAUUCAUCACCUUCAAUGAGUUUACAAUCCGUUCUUCUUUCAAGACUCUAUCCAAAUCCACAUGUCACACAACAACAACAACAACAACAACCUCAAAAUCAAUCUCAGUAUCAAAAUCGAGAUUCAAAUCAAAAUCAAAAUCAAAACCUAAACCCCACACAAAAUCCAAAUCAAGAUCCUAACCAACAUUCAUAUCCCAAUAUAAAUAAUCCGAUCCAACCAAUCGAUCAAGAUGAAACGAGAGAAGAAAACUUGACAGAGGUAUGUGGUGUACCUAUGGCUCAUCCAGAUGGAAUGUUAGUAAAGUUUGUACGUCAACAUAGACUCACUUGGCAAGAAAGUAAUGAUCGUCGACGUGGAUAUCCAGGUAAAAGUCAAAAUGGUAGUUCAAAUGGAAGUGGUAGUGGAAGUGGGAAUGGGAGUGUUGGACCUUCACCAAAUUCAACCACGACACCAUUACAACCUAAGAUUUCACCCUCUUCUCUGACUACGAAUACACAUACACCAAGUUCCAAUCCGAAUCAAUUUGUUACUCGUGGAAGAGAAAGAGAAGAUAUUGGCGUUGGUGUUGGAGUUGGUGUCGGUGUAGGAACGGAUGAUGGUAGUGGAUUAGGAGAUAUUAUGGCUUGGUUAAAUUGGACACCUACGACAAAUAUAACUCAAUAUUCGAAUGGUCAUGGUGAUAUCAAUCGAUUACCUCCUCGAUAA